CUCGGAAACGUUUCAUUCAAGCGUCGUCGCGCAAUGAGUACAAACGCGAGCUGGGAGUAAAAAUUUAGCUCGUCUGGCAAUAAAAUAUACAUUUUACUCUUUUAUCCUCAUUGCCCAUAAAAAAAACUGAGUUAUACCAGUAACGAGGUCUCAUCGGGGGAAUUUAUUAUCUUGUUUUUUGUAACAUCUGGAGUGAAGAGUGCUUUGACCAUUUGUUUUUAAAGAUGAGCGGGGAAUCGGACGCCAACAAGGAGUUUGUGGAGCAGCUGCGAAUGCAGGAGCUGUACGGGCAGAGAAAUGCAGACGGCUCGGAUCCGUACACCUACACUGAUCCAGUGGACGGGACAGUGUAUGACUGGGACCAUGAGAAAAAAGCCUGGUUCCCUAAGAUAACAGAGGACUUCAUCGCAGCCUACCAGGCGAACUAUGGCUUUACUGAGGAAGGAGAUCCAGGUGCAAAGAACGUGGCGCAGAGCGUCUCUGAGCCUGUGGCUCCUGAAUCGAAAAGCAAGCUGCCAGAAAAGGAGAAAUCAGUCAAUCCUGCCCCAAGCCCUGCCGCAGAGCAGCAAGAGAACUCUGCUAAAGAAGCCAAGCAGAAAGGGGAGAAAAGGAAAGCAGAGCCAGGAUGGUUUGAUAUCGAAGAGGACAAAAACACAAAUGUCUAUGUAUCAGGUCUGCCUCCCGAUAUCAGCCCUGAUGAGUUUGUCGAGCUGAUGUCCAAGUGCGGUAUCGUGAUGCGGGACCCCAUCACCGAAGAGUACAAAGUGAAACUCUACAAGGACAAAGACGGGAACCUGAAAGGCGAUGGCCUCUGCUGCUACCUUAAGAAAGAGUCGGUGGCUCUGGCUGUGCGUCUGAUUGAUGAGUCAGAGGUCAGAGGUUAUAAACUCCAUGUGGAAGCAGCUCGCUUUGAGCUAAAGGGCCAGUAUGAUGCCAGCAAGAAGAAGAAGAAAAGCAAAGACUACAAAAAGAAGAUGCACCAGCAACAGAAACAGCUGGACUGGAGGCCCGAGAAGCAAGGAGAACUCAGGAAGAGACAUGAAAAAGUUGUCAUCAUCAGAAACAUGUUUCAUCCCAGCGACUUUGAGGAAGACCCGCUGGUGCUGAAUGAGUAUCGUGAGGAUCUACGGACAGAGUGUGAGAAGUUUGGUGAAGUCAAGAAGGUCAUCCUGUUUGAUAGACAUCCGGACGGUGUUGCGUCAGUUGCGUUCAAGGAACCAGAGGAAGCCGAUGCUUGUAUUCUCUCAUUUAACGGCCGCUGGUUUGGAGGACGGCAGCUGUCUGCUCAGCUCUGGGACGGAACCACAGACUAUCAGGUUGAAGAGACGUCGCGUGAGCGCGAGGAGCGGCUCAAAGGCUGGUCUACGUUCUUGGAUGGAGCAGAUAAGGAAACGCAGAAAAACAGCGGCAGCAAACCAGCAGAGAGCAACACAGAACCCAGUGAGUCCACCAGUGCCACAGAACCCCAGCAAACAGAACCACAGUCCUCAGAGCAACAGGAGGAGCAAGUGAACUCUACUGAUAGCAGCCUGGCAGGAAGUGAUAAUGAGGACGUCUAGGCACUGACGUCUUCAUUUCCCAGGGACACACUGAGGUAGUCCUGCUCUGAAGGGAAGAGUGGCAACGUUUGUUGCUGAAGAAACUCUGAUAUGGACAGUUUUAGCUGUUUUGUAAUGUAGAAAAAUAAAAAGAAUAUUUUUCUGCCCUAUUUUCAUCAUUUCUGUUUCAUUGUAGAGAUUUUCUUUAAAUUUUAGUCUUGUUUGUAUAUAUUUGUGUUCCUAAAAUAUCAGUAACUAAAAUCUCACACCAGCUUAACAUCACCCUUGUGUUUGCAGUGAUGUGUGAUUCAAGCAAAAAGAAAACUGUAAGUGUUUGCGUACCUUCAGGACUUCUUGAAAAAUCUCAAAAGAACAUCACAGGAAUUCAUGAUCAUGCCAAAAACAUGGUUCUCAUUGUAUCGCCCCCACUUACACGAGUGAAGAUAUAAAGAGGGACUGUUAGCUUGGUGAGGAUUUAUCACAUACAGCACAUCUGGCCUGAAUUAAAGCUCUAACACAAAGCACACAUCUAAAUAAAUGCUUUGUUUGGUGUAAAACAGAAACAGAUCUGUGUUUUUUAUUUUAUUUUACAGAAGAAAUUUAAAAUCAGCACUUUAGCUGUUUUGAACAUCUGCAAAGCUUCAGAAAUGAACAUUGAUUAUUUAACAAAAUCACUGAAUAACUACAACUUUUCUCUCUUUUUGAGGCUAUUUAACCUGCAGGUGGCAUUACAUAAUUAGGAAGACAAAAGAUCUAGAAUAAUGUAGAUUAUUCUAGAUCUGUUUAUUAAACAGAUAAACACAGAUACGUGUUUAUCUGUUUAAUAAAGCGGAUUUGAUCAAAGUAGUGAUCAAAAGAAUGCUGAGUCUUUGGAGAUGAAAAGGACAAAGGAUUGAUUCAUGCUGUUGAACUGUAUCAUAAACUUCGGCUCAAGUCUCAGACAGCAGUUAAAAGCAACAAAACCAGCUCUAAAUUCUCUACAUGCAGGUCAUUUUUUGUGGAUUUUCUGAUUUUAAGUCAGAAUACAACCUUGUGUUUAAAAAUAAAGAAAAGGUUUUGGUUUUCUGUUUCUUUAUGAAUCAAAUCUGUUACUAAUGUGGUUGCAGGUCCUGAGUCGACUGAUUAAAGAAAACCUGCCUCACCA